CGCCCUCUAGGUUUGUUAACUAACUUCCCGGAGCCGGGAAAGGGGUGUGGUUAUAUUUUUUCCCUGCCAUUGCUGAGGAAGGGGUUACCACCUGGGUCAUGAUGCAGGGCUUGUCCGCCAUCCCCGAGGAGAUCAGUAACUUCCUUGCAGAUGUUGACACAUUUAUAUCAGAUAUCCUAAAAGGUGAAAAUUUAUCUAAAAGAGCAAAGGAAAAGAGGGAUGCUCUGGUUAAGAAGAUAAAAGACAUCAGGUCCAACUACCCACAAGAAUUUCCUGAAAGAGGAGAUCAUGAAGACGCGGAAGAUUCCGAAGGGUCUUGGCCUGUUGCUCCUGACAAUCUCUCUCUAACAUCUGACCGAUAUGAUAAAGAGGAUGAAGCUCCCCCUGAUGGACAUCAAUUUCUUCCUAUUGCAGCACAAGACCUUCCAUCUGUUUCAGUAUCUGGAUACUUGGAAAAACGUAGAAAAGACCACAGUUUCCUUGGCUUUGAGUGGCAAAAACGUUGGUGUGCUUUGAGUCGAACAGUCUUCUACUAUUAUGGAAGUGACAAAGACAAACAACAGAAAGGUGAAUUUGCUAUAGAUGGCUACACCGUCAGGAUGAAUAAUACCCUUCGGAAGGAUGGAAAGAAAGAUUGCUGUUUUGAAAUCGCUGCUCCUGAUAAACGCAUUUAUCAGUUUACAGGUGCUACUCCCAAAGAAGCUGCAGAAUGGGUAGAGAGACUCAAAUUUGUAUUGCAAGACAUAGGAUCUCAGACUAUUCCAGAAGAGGAAUAUGAUGACAUUGAGGAAAAUUCCAUGCCUUCUUCUCAGACAGGAAUAGAACCAAUAGAUGAGGACAUUUAUGAAGAGCUUCCAGACGAAGCAGCAACAGUAGCUGAAAUGCCAGUAAAGAGUGAAGAACCAACCAGACAAAGUCAAGACACUGUUAACAGUAUUUCAGGCAAUAAAAAAACCGAUUAUGCUAAUUUCUAUCAAGGUUUAUGGGACUGCACUGGUGAUGUUCCUGAUGAACUGUCAUUCAAACGUGGUGAUGUUAUCUACAUUCUCAGUAAGGAGUACAAUAGAUUUGGCUGGUGGGUAGGAGAAAUGAAAGGAACCAUUGGCUUAGUGCCUAAAGCCUACAUAAUGGAGAUGUAUGAUAUUUGAGAGGCAAGACCAGGCUGAUUCUGCAAACUAGAGGCCAGCUAGUGGAGGCUGUGGAGGGGCUACAGAGAUCUAUGUGAAAUGGAAGACUAGAAAGCUGUGUUUUAUAUACACACAUUUUCCCUUUCGUUUUUGCUAUUUGCUUUGACACUCUUUGUUGUGGUAUCCUGUCAUUUGGGGUUGUAUUUAUUAUUCACUUGGUAAAUGGGGAUAUCCUGAUUAUAUGCAGUUUAAAUUUAAUGGAAGAGAGAUCAACAGUAAAUUUUUGAUGAUCAGCCUAAUUAAUUACAAUAUGUGCAACGCAGAAGAUCUUUGUAAGAUUUGAUGCUUCUAUUUGGCACAAGUGAUACACAGCAAUGGACCUUUCCUGUAAACAUUCCUAUGAUCUGCUUUUGCUUAUCUGAAAAGUUUCUGAUCUUUUACUUCAUUUGCAUUUUAAUGCUUAAACAGUUAAAUUAUGUAAAAAAGGAAAAGAUGUGACACUGUGAUAGCAUAUCAAAAUAUAAUAUAUACCUGUUUUUAAUAUAUUUGGAGAAGGUAUACAUUACACUUUGUAGCAUCAGUUCAUACAUACAGUAUUCUUAGAUGUGUAUUUUUUCCUAGCAGAAGGAGUAUAGGUGGUUUGUCCAAAAACUUUUAUGAACAUUAACUUUGUUUGAUUAAUGGCUACUUUCACAUAGCUCUCUUGUUGGUUUUUGGCUUCAAUUUCUUCACAGCUUUCUUCUUAAGCUUAACAUAUGGAAUGAUCAAAAAUCAUAGAAUAGGGGAAUUAUAUUAAGCUGCUAAGUAAUUAAAUGUAUUUGAUAAGUCCAGUGUAAAAUCACCAAAAAUGCUAAACAAAGUCUCCCUUUGGAGUUUAUACUGAUCGUUCCAAAAACCCUCAUAUUUGUCUUCCCAUCUGGAGCGAAAGCCGUGUUGAGCCACGAACCAUUGUACCGUUCCGAACUCCCUUUGUUUGUUUAUAAUAACAAAUUGUGACAUAGGCAAAUCUAUUUGACAUUGGGAUGAUCUGUAUUCUCUUUCCAUAUUUUGGCUCUGUCCUGUGAUCACCUCCAUCUGUAUACUCAUGCACUGCAGCCAUUCUGCAGGCGUCAUACUGCUAAUCUCUUUUCCAGAUUGAAAAAAGUAGCAUUUUGAUGAGCUCCUGAGAUGCCAGGCAGCCAAAUACUAGCCUGAAAUAUCUCUCUGAAGUACUAUUGUACUGUUUAAUCUGCACCUCUCAAAAGAGCAGGACCAAUAGGGGUUCAGUGUUAGGGUCUCUAUUUUGGGGGGACAGAGGUCAUAAACGCCAGAAGAAUAUGUACUGAGAUUGCAACUCGGUGUGGUUUGAUUAUAUUCCCUCUUUCUAAAUUAAUGGUGGCCAAAGACCAAAACUAAACAGAACUCCUAAAAUUAAUAUAGCAAUGCAAAAUGCUAGUAUGUUGAAAAAUUAAAAUUGUUUUAAAAGGAUUCACCUGUUUCUGCUCUGUCCUCUGCAAUAGCUAUCUUUUACUGUGCAUGUAGCGAGCAUGUAGCUGUCACAUGGUAAAGUUGUUAAUUUUCUGUAUAUAAUUCCCUAAAUCAUGUUUUUUAAAAAUAAUCCCUAUGCAUAGAAAGCUAGCAUGUUAAGGAGAAGGCUAAUUGGCCAUGAGUUGGAAAUAGAUCAGAAGGACUUAAGUGAAUCUAAUGUGGAUUGUGAUUUUAUAUGCACUUACAAGGAAAUAAAUCUUGUCUGCUUUUGAAGAAACCCAUUGAAGACUGCACCGUUAAGUCUGUAUCUAAUUCCGUCUAUGCUAACCCACUGUAGGAAAGCAUUCAAGAAAUCUCCCUCCUUGCUUUCUGAAGUGGUAUAAUCCAAGAGCAAUUUUAGCAUGUGAUUAAUGUUUCCUGGUAUGCAUCAAGGCAUAAAAGCCUCUUUCAGUUGCAAUGUUUAUCUCUUAUUUUGUUUCUGCUUUUUACAAAGUCCAUUGAAGACCAUUGGAUAGACUAUUACUUAAAGGAAGUUCAUUGGUGAAUGAAGAAUUCUUUAGAAGGAUUAAGCAUUCCUCAAGUUUAUGGAUAUGACCUGACAUCCCUGAGAAGCAACGCUCGUUAACAAACCAGGAAUUACAUCACUGUUCAAAAUGCUGUUAGUGCUAGAAAUAAUGCUAAUCUAAAAAAAGGCUUUUUGCAUUUCCAAUGUUUGCCAGUAGAUGGCAGUAGACUUUCACAGCACAUACUGGUGGGGAGCCCAUCCCCCAGCCACAUUUGUUGUGUUCAGAUGAAUUUUUUGCAACUUAAAAUAUUUGGAGAAUUUCCUUCCCUUUUUCAUGUAAAUCCAGGAGAGGGAGUCCUUAGCCAACUGAUGAAUGACAAACCCUUCAAAUAAUUUUUUCCUAUUGAUUGGAUGAUAUAGGCAGCAGUGAUUUUAUUGUUCUCUUAACCUUUUUUUCAUGCACUACACAGAUGAUGUUAGCAAGCACUCCCAUUCACAAUGCAGAUAUUUCAAAGCUACUAUACUCCUACCUUUUAACUAGACAUGGCAUAGUCUAAACCAGCAAAAAGAAAAGGUUGAGCUUAUUUGUUUAUGAAGUCUUGACAAAUGCUAUAACCUUUUUUGGGGGGGCUGGGAAAAUUCCCCAUUAAUGUGAAUCUGACACAAUUUGGCAAUAUAUGCUAAUUGGUUUGUUCUCAUUAUUUACUUAUAUUUUCCUGUGUUCCUUUGCAAAAUAGUUAUUUUGUAAGUCAUAUUUUAUGUAGCAUCUUGCUUAUUUGCUCUGUAUUGGAUUUGUACUAUACUGCCAUUAGAUCUUACAAUAAUGUUCCAUGCUGCAAAUUUUUAAGGUUCAAAUAAAGUUUAAUUGUUUGCAAA